AUGGCCGAAAACAACGUGCAAGGGGCUUCCCUCUCGGCGGGAGAUUCUUUGGCUCCUGGUCACUCGAGCGGGGUGGAAUAUAAGGCACCGGCUGCCACAGAAUGUGCGGAUGAUGACCUUCAACAAUACCACUCAACAGAAGGCCCUGGUUCGGAUUCCUCAAUGACCAAAGUCAUUCAAAGUGCCAUGGCUGCUACCCAGAAGGAGCAGAAUAUGACUCUGAUGCAGGGUAUCAGAUUGUACCCCAAGGCUGUUGCGUGGAGUAUCUUCAUUUCCACCUGCAUUGUCAUGGAGGGAUACGAUAUCAGUUUGGUCACCAACUUUUAUGGAUUCGAUACAUUUAAUCAGAAAUACGGUCAAUUGCAGUCUGAUGGAUCAUAUCAGGUGCCGGCACGGUGGCAAGCAGGUCUCAGUAACGGUGCCUACUGCGGCGAAAUCAUCGGUUUAUUCAUCAACGGUUGGGCCUCGGAGCGAUUUGGAUACCGGUAUACAAUCAUGGCGUGUCUUGUGCUCGUGACGGCUUGGACUGCGAUCUUUUUCACAGCUCCAAACAUCCAGUCACUGCUGGCUGCCGAAAUUCUUUGCGGUAUUCCGUGGGGUGUUUUCCAGACGUUGACCGUCACAUACGCCUCCGAAGUCUGCCCUGUUGCCCUGCGUGGAUACUUGACUACCUACGUCAACUGUUGCUGGGGAAUUGGCCAGUUGAUUGGAGUCGGUGUGAUUAAGGCGAUGCUUGGCCGAGAGGAUCAGUGGGCAUACCGCAUCCCUUAUGGUCUGCAGUGGAUCUGGCCUCUCCCUCUCUUCAUUGGAAUCGCUCUUGCGCCCGAGUCCCCCUGGUGGCUGGUUCGGAAGGGCCGAACACAAGAUGCGAAGCGCGCAUUGGAACGAUUAACGAACAAGAAAGCUGACUCCGAGUUUGAUGCCGAUGAAACGAUCUCGAUGAUGGUUCAUACCACUGCCUUGGAAGCCAAGAUCACCCAAGGCGCCAGUUACCUGGAUUGUUUUAAGGGUGUUGAUCUCCGCCGAACGGAGAUUGUGUGUAUGGCCUGGGCAUUCCAAAACCUUGCCGGCAACUCUUUCUCCAACUACUCCACUUACUUCUUGGAGCAGGCUGGUCUAUCUGAUUCCAGCUCCUAUUCAUUUGCCAUGGGCCAGUACGGUAUCAACAUUGUCGGCACAUUUGGUGCUUGGGCCUUGAUGGCUAUGGGAGUUGGUCGUCGCACCCUGAUCGUAUAUGGACUAUGCGGUCUUUGCACUAUGCUUAUGGUCAUGGGAUUCCUUGGGCUGGUUCCAGAGGCGCACCAGACUCAGGCUUCCAUGGCUACUGGCUGCAUGAUGCUUGUUUGGGCCCUAUUCUAUCAACUGACAGUUGGAACCGUUUGCUACUCCUUGGUUGCCGAGGUCUCCACACGACGUCUGCAGAUUAAGACUGUUGUCCUCGGACGUUGUCUUUACAACGUUGUUGCUAUCGUCUGUGGUGUUAUCACCCCUUACAUGCUGAAUCCCACUGCCUGGAACUGGGGCAACUAUGCCGGUUUCUUCUGGGGUGGCAGCUGCUUCCUUUGCAUUGUUUAUGCCUUUUUCCGUAUCCCCGAGCCUUCUGGUCGUUCUUUUGCAGAGCUGGAUGUGCUCUUUGAACGCAAGGUCAGCGCUCGCAAGUUUGCGACCACAAAGGUUGAGGUGUUCGAUGAGACUAUUGAGGGAGGAGUCGUCCAUGACUAUAAGACGCGAAAGACCACCAACAAUGACCCGAGCCAAGCUGAGAAGAACGCUGGCUUAGCUUAA